GCACUGGGGAUGUAAUAAAAUAGUCAGGGUUUCCACCUUCUGAAACUGUCAAAAGGGGAGACGAACAAGAGUCAAAUAAACAAGACAGAAAAUAAUAUGCAGUACAACUAGAAGAUCUCGGUUGUGGGAGCUCAGGUGAAACACUUAACCUGGACUUUGGCAUUACUAGGCUUCAUGAAGGGUUGACAUCUGAGUACUCAAAGAAGAGUACUAGUUAUCGAGCCUAGAGAGAAUAAAUGUGCAGGGCAAUGGUCGGAGGUGAGAUUCUAUAAGUCCACCUGGCUAGAUCACAGAGGGGCAUAUGUGCGGCAGGAGCUUCUCAUGGUUGACACUCGCUCUUGAGAGCAACCGAGAGAGAGAGAUUGGAUCCAGAAGGGACUAGGGCUCUUGGAGCGCCGCCUCUUGGAAAACAGGCCCGUUUGGUGCCUUGUGAUCAGGGCCCUGAGGCGUUAUUAGCUGGAGACUUCGAGUCCCUCAGGGAGUAGGCACAACGUCCCCACAGCGGCUCCUGGCGUUUCUGAACAACUAUCUUACCUGGAAGGCUCCAGACAACCUGCCCCGUCCCGGGCGCGCACUAAUGGGCUCGGAUGUGCGGCCGCCCCGGAAGUGACGCGCUGCCCCGUUGGCCGUGCGGAAGCGGAGAUGGCGGAGCUGUACGUGAAGCCGGGCAACAAGGAGCGCGGCUGGAACGACCCACCGCAGUUCUCCUACGGGCUGCAGACCCAGGCUGGCGGUCCCAAGCGCACACCGCUCACCAAGAGGGUCGCCGCCCCCCAAGAUGGAUCCCCUAGAGUUCCUAUCUCAGAGACUUCUCCUGGGGCCUCCCCAAUGGGGCCUCCACCUCUUUCAAGUAAGGCUUCCAGGCCCCCACCUGUGGGGAGUUGUCCUGCCUCCACUGUGGAGCCCACAAAUUUCCCAGUCAUUGAGUGUGAGACUCUACUAGAAGAUGUGCUGAAACCUUUGGAACAGGCAUUGGAGGACUGCCGUGGCCACACAAAGAAGCAGGUAUGUGAUGACAUCAGCCGACGCCUGGCUCUGCUGCAGGAACAGUGGGCUGGAGGGAAGCUGUCAACGCCUGUAAAGAAGAGGAUGGCUCUGCUGGUGCAAGAGCUUUCCAGCCACCAGUGGGAUGCAGCAGAUGACAUCCACCGCUCACUCAUGGUUGACCAUGUGACUGAGGUCAGUCAGUGGAUGGUGGGAGUUAAAAGAUUAAUUGCGGAAAAGAGGAGCCUGUCUUCAGAGGAGGCCAAGGAAGAGAAAUCUACAGCCACAGCUGAGGAGCACCAGACUGUCCCAGGCGUCCAACGGGCUCCAUAAUCCUGUGGGUUCCCCAGACUCACCUCACACCAUUUCCUAUGCCUUCUCUCUUAGGCCUGGGAGGGCUUCUCUCAUUUGGCUCCCUUUUACCACUUGGGAAACUGUCUGCCCCUUUGGGGUCCUUGGCUUGACCCACCUCUGGAGGAAGAGGUCCCACCUGGGUCGUAGGGAGUUCACUUGUUACCCAUAACAUAUGCAUUUUAAUAAAAACAUCUCCAUAGUGGGCCCUGGGUAGGAGAAUUGAGCCCUUCAUAUGCCAAACUGGU